AUGGAGAUCAAUGGUAAUUCGAAUGCUGGUUCGUCCUCUAGAUCAAAAAAGAGUCAUAGGCAAAAGCAGCAACAACCGCAGCCACAACCACAACAACAUAAUGAAGAAAUAAAGUAUGUAGGAGUGAGGCGGAGGCCAUGGGGAAGAUACGCAGCUGAAAUAAGAAACCCAACUACGAAAGAGAGGUACUGGCUAGGUACUUUUGACACGGCCGAGGAGGCUGCACUGGCCUAUGAUAGAGCCGCACGGUCCAUAAGAGGCUUGACUGCUCGAACCAACUUUGUCUACUCCGACAUGCCUCGUGGCUCCUCAGUAACUUCAUUCAUCUCUCCAGAUGAAUCCCAACGUUUCAUUUCCGAGAUAUUCAACCCUCCAAACCAACCAGAAGCUCGUUACAACAACACCAAUAAUCUCUACACAUCGUCAAACAACCAAAACCAAAACUCUAUUGAAUUUUCAUACAACGGGUGGCCUCAAGAGAGUGAAAAUGGUUAUCAAUCUAUGAACAGUAAUGAUGAGCAUUGUGAUCAUGAGCUUCCACCUCUUCCUCCAAGUACUUGUUUCGGAGCUGAACUCACGAUUCCUGAGACCGAUAACUAUUGGAAUGUGGCCCAUGCAAACAUCGAUACGUUUGCAUUUGAGCUCGAUGGCUUUGUGGAUCAAAACAGUCUUGGUCAGAGUAGAACAGAAGGGUUUGAUUCAUUAUCCUCCACAUUCUUCUACCAAUAA